GCUGCCCGGAGCGCGGGCUGGGCGGGAGCGGAGCGCAGUGCAGUUCGGUGUGGGACUGCAGCGCCUCGGCCGCUCUUUGUUGGCUUUGCCGGUCCGCGGCGGCGGGGAAAUGUCUCAGGAGAGCUUGCUCGGCAUGGAUGAGGGGGCGCUGCGGAAGCUGCUGGAGACAACCCUGGACCUGGCUGAGCGGCGCCGCAUCCGCUCGGCUAUCAGGGAACUGCAGCGGCAGGAGCUGGAGCGGGACGAAGAGGCUCUGGCAUCCAAGCGCUUCCGCCCAGAACGUGGCAGCCACCAGCAGGACAACAAGGAGAACUGGCCACGGUCCCGGCACCUGGAGGAGGAGCAGCAGGCGGCCCUGGCCACCUUGUCCCGGCAGCUUGAAGCCAUCACUGAUGUGGAAGAGCUGACAAAACUGCUGCGGGCAGCAGGUGAGUACGAGGAGCGCAAGCUGAUCCGAGCUGCCAUCCGCAAGCUACGGGCUGAGGAGAUAGAAGCUGCAACCCUGGCUGGGAAUGCACAGAGCACCCAGAGGGACGGCAGUGAGUCCUGCAGUGUGCCUGGGGAUGUGAAAAGCAGUCGGAGGGAUGAUGCUGAAACACCAGCCCUGGCUGGGAGGGAGAAGAGCAGCAAGAGGGGUGACAUCGAGCUGCCCGCCCUGACAGGGUGCAGGGAGAGCUGUGGUGAGGCCAGUGCCGAGCCCUUGAACACAGCCAGGAGCAGGGAGAGCAGCCAGCAGGAUGAUGCAGAGCCACCAGCGCUGGCCAGGCCGGAGGAGAGUGGCCAUGGAGGGGCUGCAGAGCAGCCCACUGCCCAGGAGCCCAGCAGCUCAGUGGCCUGUGAGCAAGAUGACAUGGUGAACCAGGAAUGCAUCCCAGCUGGGAUGCAGGAGCUACACAGCUGGCAGGCAGGAGACUCCCAGAAACCCAGCACCCAGGCUGCAGUUUCGGGGACCCUCGUGCUCCUGGAGCUGCAGCUGGCCCCAGAGCCUGUUCCACAGCUCAAAGAUGCUGGCAAGGACCCGAAGCGGGGUCAGCUGUGCUCCCCAGGCACUGCCCAACCCAAUGGGCACCAGGCAGCCUGGAAGGAUGGGAGCCCAGGCAGCCCUGCCACCACCCAGGAGCCCAGUGAGCGGCAAAGCCACCGGGUGGAGCAGCCCAGGCAGCCCAGUGCUGGCAGCCAGCUUGGUACCUCCGUGCAUGGCCAAGUGCCAGGGCCAGCUGGGAGGUGCAGGGAGCAGUCAUCAGUGGCAGUGCCAACCCAGGAUGUGGCAGGGACCCCGGCUUGCCUGAACACUCACCGGUGGGAGCAAACAUCCUCCUCCGUGCGCCUGCCUGGCCGCACAGAGCCUAGCCCCGCCGCGCCGCCGCUGCGGGCUGCCUCCGUCCGGGAGCGCGCUCAGCGCUUCAUCCCCGCCGGCGCGGGGCCGGCCCCCAACUCCGCGGCAGCGGCGGGGGGAGCGGGGGGACGGGCCAGGCCCGGCCAAUGGCAGCGGGGGCUCCGCACGGCCACGCCAGGGCCCUCUCAAAACGCGCGGGGCUGCGGUGGAGGAGGCGCAGAGCAGUGUCCGGCCUCAGUCGCCGCCGGUCCCAGCGCCGGCCUCGACGGCAUGAAGACGUGCUUCACUAUCGAGAUCAAGGAUGGGCGCGUGCAGCCCCUCACACCCCGCGUCCUGGCCACUCCUGGCAGCCAGCGGGCAGAGGUGACCCUGGGCCUGCGGAGCACCCCCAUCCGCAUCACCACUAUCCCCAGCAAUGUCAGCAGUAUCUGCAACAUCAGCAGCAAUGUCACCAAGGACCCUUGCGCCCACUUUGAGGGCACCGAGGAGCGCAGUGGCCCCGUGGCCCAUCCACCUACUUUCUCCAGCACGCGCCAGCAAUCAGCCCUGCAUCUCUCCCGGAGCAACAGUGGUAUGGAACCAGAGAUGGUAGAGCAGCCCCAGGCACCAAGGCUGGAGUCAGAGCUGUCCAACGGCAUGGAGAAGGUCCAAGUGAGGGAGCUGGAGAGAAGAAGCAAACUGAACGUCGAGGAACUGAACAGAAUUGAGGAUGAGGAUGUUCUGGAUAAGAUGCUGGAUCAUACAACAGAUUUUGAGGAGCGGCGACUGAUCCGAAAUGCCAUGCGGGAGCUGCGCCAGCGCAAGCGAGACCAGCGAGAGAAGGAGCGGGACCAGCGGCUGCAGGAGACGAGGAGCCAGGCUAUGGCAGGGAGGGCUGGGCACACCACAGAGACCACCACCAUGCAGAGCACCCAGUCAGCCGAUGGCUCGGCACGCAGCACCGUCACGAAGACCGAGCGGCUCGUUCAGUCUAGUGAUGGUACCAAGACCUCCCGUACCACAACCAUGGAGUCAAGUUAUGUGAAGAGAUCAGACAAGGGCAACAGCACCUUCGUUCAAACCAAGUCAUCGUACAGCUCCUCUUCCAAGAAGACUGGCAGCAUCUUUGACCGUGAAGAUGAGAGUGCUUCCAGGCAGAGCAGCCUGGCUGCGCUGGAGCGGCGCCAGGCUGAGAAGAAGAAGGAGCUGAUGAAAGCUCAGAGUCUGCCCAAGACAUCAGCCUCACAGGCUCGCAAGGCCAUGAUGGAGAAGCUGCAGAAGGAGGGUGGGAGCUCACCGAACCCCAUAGCGGCACGCACUGCAGUGCAGCGUUCCUCCAGCUUUGGCGUACCCAAUGCCAACAGCAUCAAGCAGAUGUUGCUGGACUGGUGCAGAGCCAAGACCCGGGGCUAUGAGCACGUGGACAUCCAGAACUUCUCAUCCAGCUGGAGUGAUGGCAUGGCCUUCUGUGCCUUGGUGCACAACUUCUUUCCUGAGGCAUUUGACUACAGUCAGCUGACACCCCAGAACCGUCGCCACAACUUUGAGGUGGCCUUCUCCUCUGCAGAGAAGCACGCGGACUGUCCACAGUUGCUGGACGUGGAGGACAUGGUCCGGAUGCGCGAGCCAGAUUGGAAGUGUGUGUACACAUACAUUCAGGAAUUCUAUCGCUGCCUGGUCCAGAAGGGGCUGGUAAAAACCAAAAAGUCGUAGCCCAUUUCCAAACCCCCGGGAGCGAUGGAUGCUGGUGGACUGCGUGCCCCUGGUGGAUGUGGAAGACAUGAUGAUCAUGGGGAAGAAGCCGGAUGCCAAGUGUGUCUUCACCUAUGUGCAGUCCCUCUACAACCACCUGCGUCGCCACGAGUUGCGCAUGCGGCAGAAAGAGUGCUAGAGCCUGCCCUGCCUGCCACCCCUUGCUCUCAAGGAGCUGGCUGCCCUAGGAAGGCCCAUGGAGGGGAGGUGCUCUGCCACAGGGCACCCCUAUGCCUCUGCUUUGCCGGAGCCCCCUCUGCCCUGUCCAGCUGUGGGCUGACCACAUGGGCAGGGCAAGGCAGAUACUGCCAGGAUGCCCCACAGCUUGGCUUGCUUCCCACACACCAGUGCAUUAAGUUAUUUGUUCUCAAGGAGUUGUUUGUCCUGUGGGCAGCACCCCUGUGUCCCCAGGGAGGCUCAGGCACUCCUGCGCCCUCAGGCUUGGGGCUGGCAGUGAUCAGCGGCUGCAUGGCCUGACCUCUGUGGAUCCUGCAGGCAGCACAGCUGAGAGUGGUUCUCCUUGGCCCCCUGUGAGAAAGCUCCUCUGUCCACCAUAGGUCCUGCCCGGUGCCACUUUGCUGUGGGCAGCUCCAUGGCCGUGUGCUAAAACUCUGCUUCCCACCAGGCACGUGCACCCUGGGAUGCUUUUGUGCUGCGGGGUUGCAGUACCCAUGUGCUGGGGAGUGGGCAGGAGGGCUGAGGGGUCCCAGGGCAGCAAGGGGCCCUAGGAACAAGCCAGAGCAGCAGCCCCUGCUUUCCUCCCCAGCUCAGGACACCACGUGCUCAGCACUGCUCACCCUUCCAUCACUGUCUCUACACCUGUAUUGACACGUUCUAAAACCAGCCAGGCAAUAAAGGUUUAUUCUAUAGGAUGA